CUCACACUAUUUAAUCUCUCCAAACCCUAACCCUAGCUUCCACUUUCACUGCAUUCGUCUUUGAAUCGUCGAAUUGAGCAAGAGAGGCUGCAGAAUUUGAUAAUCUUCAACUAUUCAACAUGGGUAAGGUUCACGGUUCCUUGGCUCGUGCCGGAAAGGUCAGAGGACAGACUCCCAAAGUAGCUAAGCAAGAUAAGAAAAAGAAGCCCCGUGGACGCGCUCACAAGAGGAUGCAGUACAAUCGCCGAUUCGUCACCGCCGUUGUCGGAUUCGGGAAGAAGAGAGGACCCAACUCAUCCGAAAAGUGAUGAAUGAAAGAAUGAAAGGGUUUUAGUCAAUUAGAGGAAGGAUUAUUAUUAUGUUUUGGUACAAUUGAUUAAGCUGUUUUUGUGAUUGAGCAUUUUGUUAUACUUUUUUUAAUGUUGAGCUCCUGCUCUUUUUGUUAAUUAGUAGUAAAUCAUGUGACUUCUCUUGUCAA